AAUGGCUGGUUCUACAUUAUCGAGGAUAGUAAAGUUACUUCCCUUAGACGCAUUUACGCCAUUUGCUGUUUUACAACGCAGAAAUGACUACGGUUAGGAAAACGGAAAACUCUUCAAACAGAUAUGUUCCAUUGAGCAGUGUGAAAGUUCAUACGAAGGUUGAUGUAUAUGGAGUGGUCAAAUUCUUCAAACAGCCGUACAAAUCGAGGGGCAGUGACUACUGCGCAAUGGUUAGUCUAGUUGACCCUUCCUACAUGGAUCCUAUGGAUAAACUGAAAUGUUUGUUAUUUGCCAAGGAAAUGAGUAAACUACCACUUGUCAAGCUUGGACAGAUCAUCAGAUUUCACAGAUUGUCGAUUAGCGAGUUUGCAGGUUCACUACAAGGUCAAAACAGCCCAGGUUUUUCAUGGUUACUGUUCUCUGGGGAUGUUGGGGACCCAGUGGAACCUGUGAAUUCUUCUUCAUCAUCUUACAGUAUCACAGAUACAGACAGAGAAAAGGUGAAAGAACUUCGUCACUGGGCUAGUAACAAAGAUGAACUACAUGAGAAGCUUUGCUCAUUCAAUGAAGUUGCUGUUGGUGGUUUCUUUGACCUUGUCUGUCAGGUUGUACAGACCUCUGUGAUAGAACCUGAUGUAGGGAGAUUGUUGAAAGUCUGGGAUGGAACACAAUGUAUAUAUGAUGUGAGAAAUGUGAGUGCUGACUGUGAAGAACAAGCUGUGCAAAAAGAUGAAAAGUUAUUGCAGGAUGCUAAAGGUUUCCUGUAUGACGUCUGUGUGUUUGAUGACCAUUUUAGAACUUCUAGGAAUAUAAAGCCUGGAGAUUAUGUGAAGUUUAUAAAUCUUCAUGCUGCAGAAUACAAGUCUGCAAGCAGCCGGGAUGGUGAUCACACUGUUGUAGAGUUUGUCCUUCACAGAGGAGAUUCAUUUGGGAGAAGUGUUAAGGUGCUCCCUCAGAACAAUGUAGAUCUUAAUACAAUGAAACAAAGACAAGAUAUUGUUGCUAUGGAAAAUGGCAACUUUAAUUCUUGUGAAUCACAGGCAGAGUCUGCAGAAUGUAAAGGAGUGCAAGUUAUCCAAGGUCCUUCUACAUCUGGUGUAUCAGAGAACACAGGCAGAGAAAAUGGUGAAAAAGCAGCACGGCAGAAUGAACGUUCAGAAAUUAUUGUGGAAUCAUCUGAAGAACUUGAAAGUGAUAAGCUAGAAACAGUAAAAAGACAUGCUACUGACUCUGGUGAUAAAAGAUCUGUGAAAGAACUGAAAAAAGAAUGUGAUAGACAGCUACCUGGAGAAACUAGUGGAAGUUGUAUCAGUUCAAAUGAACCAAGAUGUAUGGCACAGAGUAGUACAGUGAUAUUGAAUCAUCCACAUACAAAAAGAAGAAAGAUAAAAGAAGUGUUAGAUCAUGCUGUUCCAAACAAGUUUAGAGUGAGAGCCAAAGUGUAUGAUUACCAUCCCAAAACAGGCACAGUGAAAACUUUCCUCAAACUUCACUGUUCUGUCUGCCAUUAUUUGUGUUCAUAUCCAGCUGCUUCUGCUGAUGUCAGUACUGAUGUCAGUAGGUCAGAUUCUCAGCUUCAGAUAGGCAGUACAUUUAAAGGAGUACCUCACUAUAAUUGUCCACAAUGUCUUCAAAACCAGGAUAGUCUGAAUGGUAACACUGUACAACUGUUUCAAGAAAUCGAGCCAGAAGACCUUCUGAAGGAUGAAUCCAGUUUUGUGCAGAUAAAGGAUUUUUUAACUCAGUUAUGUCCCCUUGACUUGACAGUGGAAGAGAGACCUUGGAUAGAGUGUUGUUUACAGUCAUAUAGUGUUACCCAAGGAACAGGCUAUCAAAUAUUUGACACUGUUGUUGUGUGAUCAACUCAGUGGGUCCCAACGUUGCCAUUUUAGUUGUUUUACAAGGACAUAAUCUGUAACUCAUUUGUUGUUAUGCCCCGGCAUCCACUGAUGCAGGAGGCAUAUAGUGACUGUCCUGUCCGUUCAUCUGUCCGUUCGUCCAUCCGUACAAGGUUAACCAAAUUGGACCAUUUCAUCUAGCAUCAAUACCCCUAACUAGAAUGACUUGAUACUAAUGCAGAUGUAACCUGUGACCAUUCCUCAUCUUCAGACAUCACCUGACCUCAGUUUGACCUUGACCUUGAACUUGACCUUGUUUUGGACUUAGGUUGCUUUGUAUCGACAAGGAUGCCACCGGGGGCAUCAAGCGUUUAUUGAACGCAGCUACUUGUUUUAUACUUGUCAGUGCUUAGAUGUUAUAAGAAUUUGUUUCUUACAUUCUAAGAGAUUUUCUGUGUUUCUUGACAUUUUAUACUAGUCUGUUUUUCAAACAGUUGUUCAUCCUGACAUCACUAUCCAUUGACUUAUGGAGAUGUAUUGUGUGGUAGAACAUAGUCCCCAAAAGUAUAUUUGGCAGACUACAUUAUAGGAAAUGCCAUGUGACAUCACUGUUUCCCACCAUAUUAAUUUCACACAUGAAAGCCUUAGCAGCAUAAAAAACUUAUAAUUGA